GGCCUGGACUCACUGGAGUCGUUCUCCAACCUGCACUCCUGCUGCCCCAGCGGCUCCGAACUCAACAGCGACGCCGAGGAGGCGGUGGAGGCCGCCCCGGGGGGCCCGGCCCCGCGGCACGAUGCGGACAGGCCCGCUGCGGGCGCGCAGCUCCUCGCCGCCUCCAAGGAGCGCUUCCCGGGGCAGUCGGUGUACCACAUCAAGUGGGUGCGCUGGAAGGAGGAGAACACGCCCGUCAUCACUCAGAACGAGAACGGCCCCUGCCCUUUGCUGGCCAUCAUGAAUGUGCUGCUGCUGGCCUGGAAGGUUAAACUGCCACCAAUGAUGGAAAUCAUAACGGCUGAACAGCUGAUGGAAUAUUUAGGAGAUUAUAUUCUUGAUGCAAAACCCAAAGAGAUAUCUGAAAUUCAGCGUCUAAAUUAUGAGCAGAAUAUGAGCGAUGCAAUGGCGAUUCUGCAUAAAUUACAGACAGGUCUGGAUGUCAAUGUGAAGUUUACAGGUGUACGAGUGUUUGAAUACACACCGGAAUGCAUAGUGUUUGACCUCCUUGAUAUCCCUUUGUACCACGGAUGGUUAGUGGAUCCCCAGGUUGCUGACAUAGUAAAAGCGGUUGGUAACUGCAGUUACAAUCAGCUCGUGGAGAAGAUAAUUUCUUGUAAGCAGUCUGACAACAGUGAACUGGUUAGUGAAGGAUUUGUAGCUGAGCAAUUCCUAAAUAAUACGGCUACACAGUUGACGUACCAUGGGCUCUGCGAGUUGACUUCAGCUGUCCAGGAGGGAGAGCUCUGCGUGUUCUUCAGGAACAACCAUUUUAGCACCAUGACCAAAUAUAAGGUAUAUUCCACGUUCUUAUUGGUUUUUGUAUUUUGUGGUUUAUGUUCACAUUUAAAAGUGAAGCUUUUUUUUUCCUUGUCGUGAAAUAUAAAUAAAUUC